AUGAACGCCAGCAGCGCCGCCGUGGCUACACCGCAGGCCGCGGGGGUCUCCAUCUUCGUCUACAUCCUCGGCCCUCUGGUCGGUGUCAUCGCCCUGCUCGUGUGCUGCGCUUGUACCGCGUGGACCUGCGGCAAGUUUCCGAGACUUCUCCGUCGACUCCCUCGACCAUGCCGGAUCUGCUGCUCGUACCAGGAGGAAGAGGAUGAGAUAGAGAGCGAGGAGAAAGAGUUCGAUGUCGAGGCAGCGAGAGAGGCGCUGGAGGCGCGAGGAGCAUGGAUCAUGGAAGUUCAUCUCAUCCGCGCCCAGAACCUCCCGAGGUUGGACUGGGCGAUCAACGACAGGAUGCUCAUCGGGACGUCCGAUCCCUUUGUCGUGCUGAAGGUCAUCUCACAGAGGGAGGACGAGGAUGUGGCGAGGAGGUACGUCAAGCUCAAGCGCAAGUCGAGGGUCCUCCGAGGAACUCUCCACCCUGAGUUCAGCGAGAGCUUCAGAUUUCCUCUUGGCCAGUCAGCACCGCAGGACCAGCUCGCGCUGAGGCUGGACGUAUGGGAUUGGGAUCGUUUCAAGCCUAACGACUUCUCUGGCUUUGCGGAGCUCCCGCUGGGACACUUGUUCAGGGAGGAGAAGAACGAGGUUCAAGUUAGGAUCCGCCUAGUCAAGGCCAGGAGCGCAGAGGUUGUCAUCUCGGAGCGCAUGGCGGGCAAGGAAGCGAUCCGGCGGAACAUGCAGGUCGGAGAUAGCGGUAUCCCCAAGGCGCUGGAGGGGCUUGACCUGAGCAAGACGAGGAUGGGGGUGCUGCCUGGGUCGUCGGAGGGAGUGAAAGAUCGCGAUGUUAGGCGAGCAAUGUUGUCAGAGGACAAGGAGGAACUGGUUCGACUGCUUAGUGAAAGCGGACGGGACAUGGAGAAAGCCGACAUUGCAGCGGCAAGGCAAAGGAUUCGUUUCAUAUCAGCUAAAGAUGCUUCAGCUAAACUCCAGCAGACAGCGAUGUCUCUUACUUCCUCGUCCUAUGAGUCGGAAUCUGCGCUCUUUGACGCCAAGAUUUCUCUACUGCACGACAGGAGGCUGCUUUUAGCAAGACAGUUCGCGGCGGGAGAAAUCAGCAAGAAGCAGUACCACGAUGCUAAGGAAUCACUGAUGUCGGAGUACCCACAAGUCAAGCCGACGAUGCAGAAGCUGCAGAAGACGCAGAGAGAUCCCAGCAGCUCCUUCAAGAUCUCUUUCUCAGCUCAUGACCCGACCCCAGCUGCCGCCCGGGAUGUCCGGCUGACAUCGCCCGCAACAAACAAGAAAGUGACGAAAACGCUCGACAUGCGAUUUACCAGCGAUGAAGAUGAAAGGCGAAGAGGCGAGCGUGCCUCAGGUAGCGUUGUUGUUGACAUUUGUCAGAAUCUCAUCGCUAUCAGGAGGUUGGCCGUCGCCAACAUCAACACCAACGACAGCAACAUCAUGAGUAACAAGAAGACAGUCAGGAUUCAAAUUCCAGAUGCGACAAAUGCUGAAAGCGACGUUGACAAGAAGCGUCAACUGCCAGUCAAUGUCACCGCGCACUCUAUCCUCAAGGGGAAGCAGGAGCGAGCAGCUACCUCUGAGAGGGGAUCGUCCAUGAGGCAGGACGGAGGAGGAGCAAGAAAUGACAACGUGGCAGCAGGCAAGAGUUUGUCACCUGCUACUCCAGCAAGGCCUUCAGCUGCCCAACUGCCCAAACUCCCGAAGCCCGAGAAGUAUCGAGCUAGGAAUGUGUUCGGAGGACGAGGAUGGUCCGGCCAAGGUGCAGCUGGAGCGAAGGGUCCUGGUGGCUCGACAGCAGGGCAGGCGGCGAACCAGAGAAACGAGCGGGCGAGCGAGGGAAGCAUUGAGAUGAACACGCGGCGAGUCGUUCACUUUGGCGAUGGGUAG